AUGGAUAAUGAUGAGCAACUUCUUCAAAAACUUCUUCGUGCUAGUUAUUUUAUGUCAAAUCAACAAUGGAAUAUGUUUGAAGCAAGUUUUUUUGGUUUACUAGAUGCUGAAGCAGAAAGUGUUGAUCCAUGUCAUCGAAUACUUAUGUUAAAAUUCGUUCAUUUACUUGAUGACGCUGUAUAUAGUGUUGAAAAAGUUAAUGGUACAAAAACAUCAGUACAUAUUGGACAAUUUUCAACAGACCAUGCAGUUGCAACAACUUGUAUGAGACCUGAACAUCGAUCAAGAUUUCAUAGACCUAAUAGUUUAUUACAUAAUGCUUCAACUCGUUUAUCAUAUCAUUUUAAUUUACAAGCUUCACAUAUGGCUGUAUGGUGUCGAUCAUUUAGUGCCGAUGCUAAUCGUUACGAUAAAGGUGAUGGUCUUGGCCUUUCAUUAUUGAAACGAUUUAGUGAUACUGAACAUGAUGGAGAUCGUAUAUACUUUGGUAUUCGUGAUGUACUUAGUGGGCAUGAUGGAAAUGAAGAUAAAACGAAUUUUGUCGUUCUAUCAGCUGCUGGACAAGGACGUUUAUUAGCAAAUAUUUAUUUCAGAAAUAAUUUUGAUACUCAAAGUAUAUUAUUUGUUGAAGCACAUGGCAAAGGUACAUCAGUUGGUGAUCCAUUUGAAGCAAAUUAUAAUUUAGGGCAUACAGAAGGUGCAGCUGGUGUUGCAUCACUUAUUAAAGUUGCUAUGUAUAUGUAUUAUUGUGGUAUUACAGCAAAUCUGCAAUUUACUUCACUUAAUCCAAAAAUAGAUGCACAAAAAUAUAAUUUACAUAUUUUUCAAAAUUUUAUACCAUUUCCAUCUCUUCCAAAUAAUGAAAAAAUAGCUAUAGGUGUUAAUUCAUUUGGAAUGGGUGGUAUAACGACACAUGCUAUUAUUGAAGAAUAUCAACCAAAUAAAACAUCAAUUGAAAAUGGUCAUAUCGAUGAAAAUCAUAUUAAAAGCAAACAAUAUUUUAUUUUUAUUUUUUCAUAAUCUCAUAUUAAUGAUACAAAUAUUGAUCAACCAACAUUAUUUGCUAUACAAGUUGCAUUAGCAGCUUUACUUGUUUCAUGGAAUAUAGAUCCAUCAUCUAUAAUAUCACAUAGUGCUGGUGAUCAAGCAGCUGCUUUUACUGCUGAUCGAUUAAGUUUAGAAGAAGCUGUUCGUAUGUUAGCUGUUUCAAUCAGUGAAGACGAAGUAGAAAAUAAACUUUUGAAAGGUGUUGAACAUUUGGCUUGUAUUGCUGUUGUUAAUAGUCUCUGUCUAGUAACAAUAAGUGGUGAUGAAAAAACAAUUGAUGAAAUACAACAAAUACUUUCAAUCUCUUAUCCAAAUGUAUUUAAAGCAUGUUCAAAUGUGAGACAAGCUGUUCGAUUUUAUGAUGCUAUAACAUUACUUAUAAAAGAUGUAGCAGCAAAUAUUUUUCUUGAAAUUUCACUACAUCCAGUUUUAGCAACAUCUAUUCAUGAAUGUUAUGAAUUAACAAAUCAACAACAAUCACCACUUAUUCUUCCAACAUUAAAACGAAAAGAAAAUGAACAAAUAACAUUACUUACUAGUUUAGCACAACUUGCAACAUUAUCUCAUGUAUGGCAACAAUAUUUUAAUACUCGUCAAAUUUUAUCAACUAAAAAUUAUGAAGAAUAUUUUGUUGACUUUCCAUUGUAUAAAUUUCAUUUGAGCCCAUGUUGGUAUGAAUCAAAAGAUUCAUCUAUACAACGUUUAGCUAAUCGUAUUCAAACUCAUCUAUUACUUGGUAUUCGUCAAUUAAAUGAACAAACAAAUGCAACAUGGAAAAGUCUUAUUAAUAUUAAUUUACCACAAUAUUCUUUUUUAAAAGAUCAUAAAAUUCAAGAUGCAAUUCUUUUUCCAGCAGUUGCUUAUCUUGAACUUGCAACAGCUGCUUGUCAACAAUUACUUUCAUCAUCUUUUGAUGGACAACAACCAACAAUUAUUUUUGAAGAUGUUAAAUUUGUUAAAGUACUUAUUUUGAAUGAACAUGAAUUAGUUGAAGUAUCUAUACAAAUAGUUAUGGCAAUGCGUGAAUGGUAUAUUUAUAGUCGAUUAUGUUCAGCAGCUGGUCCAGAUUGUAUGCGUCCAUCAGGUAUGAGUUGUACUAAUGUUAUUGAUUCGUUUCGUAAUCAAGAUAAUCUUAAUAAAUAUUUAUUAAAUGAAUUUACUUUACAGGCUCAAAGUAAAAUUGAAAUUGAUUCUAAACAACAAAAAUCAUUAACAAUACCUAACACAUGGAUAACACAAGAUAUAGAAAGUGCUUAUGCACAUUUUUCAACACGUGGUUAUCAAUAUGGAUCUAGGAUGACAGAUAUCUAUCAAUUGAAAAAUGUUGGUCACAUAAUACUAAUCACAUCACCUUAUGUUGGUCACAUUAUUCCAUUAUUGGACUUAGCUAAACAUUUAUCUCUAUACUAUCGUGUUACUUAUGUCUUAUCGGCAUCGAAAUUUGAUGUACUUAAAAAACUGGGAGCCAUUGUUGAAGAUGAAAAUAAUAGAAUUAUUUCGACUCAAUCUGGAAUAGAUUUCAUUGGUAUUUUUGAUGAUAAUGAUAGUAAUUUUGAAAUUUUUAGUUCAACUAUAAAUGGUAACUUAAUAUCUGACAUCGAGCGGAUGCGUAUUCCUCUUCGACAGUUACUCUUCCCUGAACCUGUUCCAUCGUUCUCAGCUCCUUUACUAUCAACUCAACGAAUAGAUCAUCCUAUUCACUUGAUCGUCACUGAUAUGUAUGUUCAUACAUUCAUCCGGGAUGCUUACGAAAGAGAUAUACCUGUUCAUAUAUUUAUACCGUGUAGUUUGACAGCUCUUUUCACUUUCAUUGAUGGUUUCAACUACGUUGGAGAGAAAAUGUCAAUGCCAGGCUACGGAUCUACGAUUCUCGAAACAUACUCAGUUGCUACAGGAUUUAUUAGUAAUUCCAUUGAUAAAUUAGAAGAACACGCAGUUGCCGAUUUGCGUCAACGGUCGCUUUCUUGUUCAAAUCUACCUAUUCGAUUCGUAGCACCACUCAUAACUACAGAAUCCUUCAAUAUGCAAGACACGAACACUAUUGCACAUGUCAAACAAUGGUUAGACAAACAAUGGAAGCUCGCAAAUCAUUCGUCAUCGGUUAUUUAUGUUGCGUUUGGUACAAUUGCUCGUUUUACGGCCGAACAACACAUUCAGAUUGCUGAUGCUCUAGCGCCUUAUCCUACUAUCUGGACAUUGAAAGCAAUAGAUCACAAACAUUUGCCAUCCUCAUUUAUUGACAAUGAAAAACAUAUAGUUCUUGAUUGGGCACCACAACGAUUCAUUCUCUCACAUCCAGCGCUUCACUUCUUUUUAACUCACGGUGGCUGGAACAGCUCACUGGAAUCCAUGUUAGCCGGAAAAUCUAUGCUUGUGUGGCCAUUGUUUGCCGAUCAGAUGUUAGGUGGACAUCGUAUUGAGCAUGAGUUUGGUGUUGGUUUAUGUAUGCAAAACACCAGUUUCAAACAAACUAAACGAAUUAUAUCAAGCGAUGAACUCACAGGAUAUCUAAAACAGAUGUUUGAUCGAAUAUCGAAAUACGCUCAAAAUGCUCAGCAGAUACAACAAAUGUUUAUGCACGCAAAAGAAGACAGUUCGAGAUUCUGUUUCGAAGAAAUUAUCAAAAUAAUUCCUGAUCAAAUGGUCGCUCCAACAGAAAAAAAAACAACAAACUUCGAUGAGACAUUAACUAAAUCAGACGAUUAA